ACGUACACAUCGCACACACCCAGAAGUAUCCACACACAGAUACACACUCACCGUGAGUGACCCAUUGCCAUUGGCCAGGCCCACCAACCCUCUGCCUGUCCGAGCUGAAGAACAGGACCAUUUGGGAAAGGAGGAGAAAGAGCAGGAAGAUGGUAACGCUGAGGUUGAUGUGGGGACUCCUGGUCCUGUGUGUGGUGGCAGCCUCUCCCCGCAGAUACGUCCGACAAGCAGAACUAGAUAAAUUCUACAACAACAAUGUGGAUUUAGACCUGAAUGUGGAUACCGAUGAUGUCUAUGACUAUUAUGAUGAAAUUGAUGAACCACAGAUAGAGAUUGGCACCUUGAGACCUGAUGAGGACGUUGAUCCUUCAUAUCAUGCCUCAUUGGAGGAAGAAGAAGAGGAGGAGGUGGAGCAUGUGGAGCCUGAAGAACGGAGGACAGCUGAGGGGAGUGAAGACAAUGAAUUACCCAUAAAGCCUCAGCUUAUUCCAUCGGGCUCUGGGGAGUCAGGGACUCUGAUGGGCCCUAGUGCACAGGGAGGUAUGGGUACCUGUUUGCUCUGCACCUGCCUGGUCGGAUCUGUGUACUGUGAUGACCUGAAGCUGGACCAUGUUCCUCCCCUCUCCAAAGAAACCACUCAUUUCUAUGCCCGCUACAACAAAAUUGCUAGGAUCGGCAAGUCUAGCUUCGCCAACCUGAAUAAAUUAAAGAGGAUCGAUCUGACUAGCAAUGGCAUUUCCUGGAUUGAUGAUGAUGCUUUCUUUGGCCUUCCUGCUCUGGAGGAGUUGGUAUUACGAGAGAAUAGUAUUAGACAACUUCCUGCUCUGCCACACUCUAUGAUCCUUAUUGAUGCCUCUCUCAACCACCUGGGCAGCACUGGCAUUCAGAGAGAAGCUUUCAAGGACAUGCCAGGGCUACUUUACCUUUACUUGACAGACAACAACAUAGACCACAUCCCGGUUCCUUUGCCUGACAGUCUGCGCUCUCUGCACCUACAGAAUAACAAUAUCCAAAUGAUGCAUGAGGACACCUUCUGCAAUCCACAUGACUUGAAUUACAUCCGCAAUGCUCUUGAGGACGUUCGCCUGGACGGUAAUCCCAUCAACCUCAGCAGAACCCCACAGGCCUACAUAUGUUUGCCACGUAUCCCCAUUGGUGCCCUUAUUUAAGCGGAGAAAACGCACAUUCAAAUGCACGUGUACAAAACUCACACGUAUGCACAUGCAUCAAAACUCCUCUGUGUGUACCUCUCUCUCCUUUUUUUUUUUCUUUUUCUUUUUUUUUUACUUUGGGCCCAAGCAAACACUUGGAUAUGAAUGGCUGUAUUUAAAGGAGGUUGGCAUAAAUACAUAAACUCACACUCUCACGGGAGUUCUGGUGGACACUUCCAACUCUACGCUGCUUGUGUUUCUACCUUUUUACACAGUGCAUACUUUUCAUAAUGUAGGUGGAUCUGGAUUUAUGACGUCUCCCAAACACAUAUGUGUCUAGCCUCGUAAACAAUCUCUUUUAGAGAAACAGAGAAACCAUGCAUAACUCCGAAAGUUUUUUUAUUUAUCAAAUACUAGUGAACCUUUGAGGAAAACAAGAUGUCAUUAAUUUACAAGUGCAAAUACGAACCAAGCUGCACAAAAACCCUCUUUUUGUGUGCUGUGCUGGUUGCCUGUCUGGGGUUAGCUGCAAUAGCCAGCCCGAAUUGUUUAAAUAUGUUUGUUUUGUAAAUGAAAUAUUGUUAAUAUUCAUAUAGAAUUUAACAAAUGUUUAUCAUAAUUAGCAUAACCUAAUUGAAGCUGGCGCUCACUUAAUUUUUUGAAAGGUAAAUUUGACUAAUGCAAUAAAAGAAGCAGUCUAACGAUGAAUUUGUUGUAAAGUCUGUACUGUAAUAUAUAUAAGCUGUUUUCUGUUUUUUUUACGAGAACUGCAAUAUUUUGGAAUAUAACAAUUCAAGCUGUUGUUAUGACCAAAGGCCUUCAAAAUGAACAUUUCAGAACUGUUGUAUUAGCUGAGGGGUUUGAGAAUGGAUGGGGGGUAAAUAUUAGCUCAGCAUUGUGUGUUUUGUAUGGAAAUAAUCACACCGAAUAAAGUUUUCUGAUGACCUCUACAAAACAGAGGUGCCUUAA